UUAGUGUGUGUGUGUGCGUGCUGAAGGCCAGGUUCAGGUGAAGUGGCUUGGUUACAGGUAGGAACACCUCAGUGUAGUGUUACCAAAGAGAGACACGAAGAAGCCGCGACCAAACCCACACGGGUGUUUUAUCCCUGAGUGGACUUAUUUAGCGUGAGUGUGAGACAGAGCUGCUGUUCCUGCUGACAGACGCUGUUUAGCGGCUGCUCUCUCUGUGUUGAGCCGCAGGAUCGAGUCACAGUCCGACGAGCAAGAAUGAGGUCGUUGCCUGCCUAGAGACCUGUCUCCAUGUAAGAUGGCUCAGUAAAGGUCCCUAGUGAUUAUCCCUCCUCCUGUGGUUAUGGUUGCACCCAACAAGCAGUCAUGAAUGUCCGCCCUCUCCUGUCUAUGACAUGGUUUAGCUCACGUACAAUCCGGUCACCAUGAUGGCCUCCAUGGUUGCUAACGGAAACCGAGACGCCCUGGUCUUGAAAGGGGUGGAUCCAGAGACCUGCAUGAUUGUGUUCAAAAACCACUGGGCUCAGGUGGUGAAGAUCCUAGAAAAGCACGAUCCCCUACGCAGCAGUUCCACCGUUCACCCCCUGAGUGUCCUCAGCCUCAGUGCUGGCUCUAGCAGUGGCUCUCGCUUUGGUCCCGUCCCCGGAGAUGAAGCGAGUGCCGUGCAGAACUAUGUUGAGCACAUGCUGUUCCUCCUGAUUGAGGAGGAGUGCGGCCAAGGCGGCGCUAUGGGCCCCAUCCUGGAGUUUGUUGUGAUGGAAAACGUGAUGGAGCGUCUCUUUGUGUGGAGCCUUCGCCGGGAGUUCACGGACGACAUGAAGCUGGAGCAGCUGAAGAUGUACGAGAUGCUGGUGGGACAGGCGCACCAGCCGCUGCUGCACCACAAACCCAUCCUGCGGCCGCUCAUGAUGCUGCUGUCGUCCUGCUCCAGCACGGCAGAGCCUGCGGUCGAGGCUGAGCUGGUGCUGCUGCUCAACCAGCUGUGCUGCGUUCUGGCAAAAGACCCUUCAAUUCUGGAGCUGUUUUUCCACACCAGUGAGGAUCAGGGGGCCACCAACUUCCUCAUUUUCUCCCUCCUCAUCCCCUUCAUCCACAGAGAGGGCACAGUGGGCCAGCAGGCCAGAGAUGCUCUGCUGCUCAUUAUGUCGCUGUCCGCUGAGAACGAGCGAGUGGCCAAACACAUCGCAGAGAACACAUUCUUCUGCCCGGUGCUGGCCACAGGGCUGAGCGGCCUGUACUCAUCCCUCCCCACCAAACUGGAGGUUCCCAAUGAAGAGUGGCACUGCCUCCACAGAGAGGACUGGCUCCAGAUGCCACCACUCGUCCAGUUUCUCAACUCACUGGAAUUCUGUAACGCUGUUAUUCAGGUGGCCCACCCUGUUAUCAGAGACCAGCUGGUUAGUUACAUAUACAACGGAUUCCUCUUACCUGUCUUAGCACCAGCUCUUCACAAGCUGACUCUAGAGGAGGUCAUGGCCACCACAGCUUACCUCGACCUCUUCCUGAGAAGUGUUUCUGAGCCUUCUCUCCUGCAGACGUUCCUGUCCUUCAUUCUCCUCCACCAACACGAGGGCGUCCACAUCUUGGACACCCUGGUCAGCCGCAUCAACACCCCCUUCCAGCUGGGAACUGUGUCGCUGGCGCUCUUCCGCACUCUGAUUGGCUUACACUGUGAAGAUGUGAUGCUGCAGCUCAUACUGAGGUACUUGAUCCCCUGUAAUCACAUCAUGUUGAGUCAGAGACGUGUGCUGAGGGAGAGGGACUGCUACUCUGUGUCAGCAGCCAAGAUCCUGGCUUUAACGCCGUCCUGCUGUUCUCCUGAUCACAGUCCUCCUCCACUCCGGCAGCUGGACUCCAUCCUUUUUUCCAAGGGUGGAGAGACUUCCAGUAACGCUGACACUACAGAGGAGAAAGAGAGCUUCUCAGAAGAGGAUGAUCAUAACUCCUGCACCAUCGGGUCAGAGGUCUACCUUGAUGUCAGUUACCUUCAUUACCUCUGCGAUGCCCAUCUGAGCAUCAACAGCUGCAUACGGGCCUGCCAGGUGUGGUCGGCCCCGUAUGACGGCGAGGACCCGCCUCCUGAGAAAUACCAGCCCGGCGUCCUCGAGGAGCCCUCGCUCAAGAGCAGGCAAGCACAGGUGGCGCUCAAGAGAGUUCCACAGCCGCUGGCACCGCAAACUAAACCCUGCCCACCGCCGAACACGGAGCUGCCCGCCACCAACCAGCUGGAGCUGGAGUGGGAUGAUAGUUACGACGUGUGUGCGGUUCAGACUGCAGAGACUCCAGCGGAGAGCAAACCUCCACAGCCGCCUGCCGCUGAGCCGCCAAAGCACAUCCAGGAGUUGAGAAGAACAACCAUCAUGUUAGUGAAAGGCUCGUAUAUUGAGGAGAAUGAGUUCCAGGAUGACGUGAUGGUCUACAAUCUUAUCGCCAAGAAGGACUCUAAAGAUGUUGAGCGUCGCAAGCAGCAACGCAGCGGGUCGCAAUCAGAAUCACUCCAUCCAAGCUCCGAGGAUGUUGCCCUUAAAAAUGGACUAAAUCUAACACUUCCACCCGCCGUGAUGGCUGAUAACAGUAAGAACAGCUCGGACACAAAGGCCAAAGUUCAAACCGAUUGUAAUUCAAACCUCCAAAACACAACCGCGGCCGAGUUGGGCGACGACCUUCUGGCUCAGUACGAGGAGCUCAUUCGUACGCUGGACACACAAGCAGGUGGGAAACUGGCCAAAGCAGAAGGAGACUCGAAGAAGCCCGUCACACCUGUGGAGGAUGGCGAAGAAGAGGAGGAGGACAUGGAUUUCACCUCCUUCUCUGCGGAAACACCAGAACCUGAGAAACUGCAGUCGCCAUUCGGGACCAAGUUUUGUAGCGGAAGUACAAGCAGGAACCAUUCAGUGCCUUUCACAGGUCCGUUCAUCAGCGUGCUGUUGUCUCGUCUGGAGAACAUGCUCUCCAACACUCUCUAUGUCAACUUGCUGCUGACGGGCAUCCUGGCUCAGCUGGCGACCUACCCUCAGCCUCUGCUGCGCUCGUUCCUGCUCAACACCAACCUGGUGUUUCAGCCGACUGUUCGCUCGCUGUACCAGGUACUAGCCACUGUGAAGAACCAGAUAGAAGAGUUGGCUUCCACCAAAAAGGACUUUCCAGAGCUGAUCACUGCUGCUCAGCACUGGCUGCUGGCCAGGGAGACGAUCGUAGCAGCAGACAAAAACAGCGGCAGUGGCUCCGCCCACAGCGAGGCGGGGAAGAUGCUGAGGAGUUCGCCGCCGCCGAAACCCAAAGCCAUCUCGCUCGAUCGCACAGAAGUCUUCGCUACCGUCCUCUUCACGGAAUUCCUCAAAGAACUGGCUGCAGUUGCACAAGAGCACUCCAUCUUAUCUUACAUUACUAUGGAAGAGUAACACGUCCCUGAAGGCCUCUGCCGCGAGUCCAACUUAUAAGGUUUUUAAAAAAAGACACUUUUAUGGUGGGUUUUCUACUUUUUUUUUUUUUUUUCAGGCACUACUUGAUGAAGAAACCUCUCAGAUGCGGCAGUUUAUACGACUGCUUUUUAACAGAUAUUUAUUUUUAUGAGCAAAGACAAUCACUUUGAUGUCAUCUUUCUACUUCUGUUAAAUGUGAGGUUUCCUGCUCGCUGAAGCGUGCGCGAUAGUCCAGUAACGGUCGAACACAACCAAAGACUGUAAAUCAUCAGCCCUUAUCUGAGCUGAAUGUGUGUCUCUGCGUGAUGUCUGCUGCUGCUGCUGCCGCCGCUGCCUCUCUGGAGCGUUGUUUCCUCUCCUCCUGCAUUAAAUUCAGCAGACAAGCAGCCGCGUCGGCAUCGUCGCAGCCUAACUCGUGUUUAACUGCUCUGCGUCUCUAACGUCAGUUUAAAGUUGCAGUUUGGUUGUUUCCCGGUCAGUUCAUGUUGGUACCUCAGGAGUUCUCUUCUCUCACAUUUUCCCACAGUGCACUUGUUUCUCACAUGAAUGGGCUCCACAAAAACACGGUGUACACUAUAUUUAAGAUGCCUUACGUUAGUGAUGCCUUGAUAAUGUACAUAUUGUAAGAAGACUAUGCAAAUCGUUAUGCAACAUUUUGGGUCUAAUUAAGUUUAGCAUAUUUUCAGAACGGGGCUGGGUAUUUAAGCUUUCUUGCGUUUGUAUUGCCAUAUUUUUGACUUACUCUGGUCUGUCACUUCCUUUUGACGUAGAUGUCGUCGUCGUGUGGGGUGUUUUAGUCGCGGUGACACUUUCAGAAAGGUCAGAUUGUCACGCUUUACCCGAGGAGAACAUGCCUUUAUUUUUAAUCCACACUGUUUUGAAAAUGAGAUUUAAUAUAAGAGAUAUAUUUUGUUACAAAGUAUACCUCGGUUCAUUUUUUUUUUCUUCCAGGAAAUAAAUAGUUUUAAAUUUGUUCCUACAUUUUUACUUUGCUUUACAAAGUAUAUUUUUCAGAAAAAAAAAACAUGUCUUACUUGAAGUUGUCAUUGUCGCAGUGUAAAAGUGAGGUCACAGGUUUACUGUCAACAUCACUCCAUCACCGUCCUGUUCCACAAACAACUUAAGACAAAGAUAAAAGAAAUCUAAAAGAUAAAUGUGGACAUUUUAAGUAAAAAAAAGCAAGAGCAAACACUGAGAUAAUGGACUGCUUUGAGUAAAUCUAUAGGAGAAAUGUGCUGUAGCAUUAUGAGUAAAUAUAUAUAUAUAUAUAU